ACAGACUUAAAGGGCCAAAAAAGAAGGUCGACGACACAAAAGCUGCCUGUCCGACCUCCCAUCCUCUCUACACCACGAGCGGCAUCUCAGAGCCUCAAUGCCUGAAAUUGUUUAAUUUCUGAUCAAAUCGUCUGAGAAGUUUGGAUGGAGCGGAAAGCCUGGGCAUUCAUAUGCCUGAUUUGGUGCAUCCUUAUCGCUUCCACGACCUCUUUUGACUUUUUCCAGUCUCGUACUACUAGCGGCGGCAGCUUCUUUGGCGGCAGCGGAGGCUUCCCAGGGGGUCCUGGAGGGUUUUAUCGCCCGGACAGCGGCGGAGAUGGAGAGAACGGCGGAGAUAGCGACCAAGGGGGCUACUACGCGACGCUGGGCAUCCCAAAAACGAGCACCCUGAGCGAGGUCAAGCGCGCCUACCGGCGUCUCGUCGUGCGCCUGCACCCCGACAAAGGCGGGGACGAGAAGGCGUUCAAGGCCUUGCAGGAGGCCUACGAGGUCCUCUCAGACCCCGCAAAGAGGAGGCUCUACGAUGCCUACGGCAAAGCAGGCGUGGAGAUGGGGAGCGGGGCCCAGGGAGGGAGGCCAGAGGACGUGUUCUCCUCCUUCUUCGGAUCGGGCCGGGCGCGCGGCUUUGGCGGAACGGGCGGCCCCCGCCGGUCUCCCAACCUGUACCUGCAGGUGGAGCUGACCCUGGAAGAGCUCUUCAAAGGCGCGACGCGAAAGGUGCGCCUGAACCGACAGAAGGUAGUGGACCGGCGGCUGGUGGUGGAGCCCAAGGUCUUGGAGGCCGCCUUCGAGCGGGGCAUGCAGGACGGGGCGCGUCUGGUGCUGGCGGGGGAGGCGGAGGGGCUGGGGAAUGCGGCCCCGGGAGACAUCAUCAUCCAGGUUCGCGAGCUCAAGCAUCCCACCUUCGUCCGCCGGAACGCCGACCUGCUCUGCGAGAUGAAAGUGACUCUUACGGAGGCCUUGACGGGCUUUGAGCGACCCUUACGCCACCUGGACGGUCGGCAGCUGUGGGUGAAGGGGAAGGCGGGGCAGGUGACGAGGCCGGGCUCGGUGUGGCUCUUGGAGGGGGAGGGCAUGCCCGUGCGGGGGGAGCCCUCCUUGCGCGGCCGCCUCUUUAUCAAGUUCGCGGUCGUCUUCCCCCCG